GUAACUGCUAAAUAACGCCUCUUUAUAUAUCAUCCGCUAAUUUUGGCGGCACCAAAACCGCAACUCUGAUCAACAACUCCCCCUCCUCCUCACUCCCCCCUUUUUUUGGUUACUUACCGGAUUCCCAUCUCUCUCUAGAUUUUCCUUAAUCCCCUCAAACGUGGAUUCCAGAGUUUAACAUAUAGUAUAGUACUAGUAGGGUAAACGACCCAUGUUUUGUUUUUGUUCUUUUCUUGGAGAUUUUCACUGGUGACGUACGAGCAGAGUUGAGUUCAAAGAAUGGGAGGGCUUGACACUUCGCUUUCUUGCUCUAGUCUCUUGUGUCCAGAGACCGUAUCUAGUUUUUCUGAAACAGAAAGAGACAUCGAUCAAAGUGUUUUUGAAGAUGAUGAGAGUGUUCUCUUCUAUAAGUCAUCUUUUGUUACAGAGGGUGAAGAUGAGUUUAUAGAGAAGUUGGUUCAAAGAGAAAUUGCUGUGGGAUUCAAAACUAAUGCAUCUUUUAGUCAUUAUGAAAGUGCCAGUGAAAGCUGGCAGGGAGGUGCUCGCUUGGAUGCUAUUGAAUGGAUUUUCAAUACAAGAGCAACCUUUCGGUUCGAAGUCCAUACAGCUUAUCUUUCUGUGACAUAUUAUGACCAGUUUCUUGCAAAGAAACCCAUUAAUGAUGGGUACAUAUGGUCUACUCGAUUGUUGUCCGUAGCAUGUUUUUUUUUGGCAGCAAAAUUUGAGGAGCGCAGAGUACCUCCUUCAUCAGAACUUCGCGUACGAAAUUUUAUUUUCCACAAGGCAUUGAUCAAGAAAAUGGAGGUAUUGGUACUUGGUACCUUGCAGUGGAAGAUGGGUACUAUCACUCCUUUUGCUUAUUUGCCUUACUUCAUCAGUAAAUUCUAUGGUGAAUCUGGGCCUAGAGGAUUAGUCUCCAAAGCUCUGGAGCAUAUCAUGGCUAUGAUAAAAGAAAUGAGAUUGCUGGAUCAUCGACCAUCUUUCAUUGCUGCAGCUGCAGCGUUAGCUGCUUCUGACGUUCGAUUAACAAAAGAAGAAAUGGAGCUCAAGAUGAAUUUCAUUUCAUUCUGGGGAUCUCGAGAAAAUGAGCAUAUAUUUUCCUGCUAUGAUAUGAUGCAGGAAAUAGAGAUGAGAAAAUCUAGGACACCAGAGCAUGUUAUUUUCUCAGAAUAUUCUUCAAAUCAGGAUCCUGAGGAUCCAUCUGCUACCAGUAAUGGAGUUGGCGCUAAGAGAAAACUUACAUUCAAUGAUCCUGAUGGUGAAGGCGAUCCUUCCUCAAAGCAGCUACACCGUGCACUCCUAUGUGGCUGUGCCGUUGUCUUUGCCAAAAACGUGUGAAUGCUGAUAUUUGCUCACUUUGAUUGAUGUUUGUAGGGUCCAAGUUGUCAUCAUGGAAUUAGAGACCUUUGUUUUGGGGUGAUUUGGGGGGGAGGAUGGGGGAACAUGAGAUUCAUAGCAAUUGGCAAAUUGGGUGUCAGAGGCUCCACCCUUCCACAUGCUUUCAUAAGGUUCUUAGGAUAUCCAGUCUGGCAUCGUACAGCGUUGUAUUUUAUUCUCCAGUUAUUACUAUGUAUCUUGUGAACAUACAUGUUUCC